GAGAGAAACGACAGGAUUUCUUGUUUAGGAAAUAAAUGUGAGAUAACUUGUAGCAUUUACAAACCGUCAGAAUGAAAGAGAUCAUUUUCUUGCUGCUCCUGUUGCCCUUACAGAGGGGCAGCACUGGAUUCAGCACUCUAGGAAAGCUCUGGACCACAGGACAAGGCGAUGAAACCCAGACAAGUCACUCAGAGUCGACUCCAUCUCUGACCACAAUUAGGGGGUCACUCCACUCUGAAAUUCAAGCUGCCAAAGCAAGUCCCUCACAGGGACCUCCUUUUGCAUCUGCAGGUGAGACACUGAGAAUGACAGCAGUGAAGAAAACUUCCAGUCCUACAAUAGCUACCCCUGCAAGUCAGUCAAAUGGACACAGUGAUGGUGACUCUGGCAGAGACAAGAGGGGAAGCUCAUCUCGCAGCAAAGGGACCCUACAAAGCACUGCUGGAGAGAUUCCUCUGCUUCAAGGGGUCACUACAAGCCUGGAUACAGCUACAGGGAACAGGUCUGUCAAGCAGUCCUCUCGCAGCACUGGGAUUACCAGGAGCCAGCAGGAUGCCAACUCCAAAGCAUUCGGCUUUGAAACUACCAGGGGAAAAAACUGGUGUGCUUAUGUCCAUACCAGACUCAUUCCUACAGUUGUGGUGGAUAACCUAGAAACCUUCUCAUCAGGCAGAGCAAAGCCUUGCACUUGGCAAAUUGGAUCCUGUGCGCAGAGGUCCCAGACAACAACACACCAGGCUUACAGAAUCAAACAUAAAAUAGUGACAUCGCUGGAGUGGAAGUGCUGUCCUGGGUACAGUGGGCAAAACUGCCAACCCAAAGCUCAAGAACAGCAAUCAGUUAUACACAGCACCCAGGCUGAAAGCAGCAGAACUGCCAGUGAGAGGACACCAGGAGCUCUGCAGGACCCCAGUGGGCCAGCACUUUUUCAAAAAAUGAAUGAGAAGAUUAGCAGUCAGGAGAUGAAACUGACUUUUCUACAGAAGAAGGUUGACAGCAUUGCUGCUGCGAUGAAUGAUGUGAGCAAGAUGCUUUCUUCUCUGGAAGGCAAAAUCAAUGAAGAUAAGGGCAGAGACUUCCAGUCUUUUCUAAAAGGUCUCAAAUCCAGAAGUGUCAAUGACUUAAUCAAAGAUGUGGUUGGAGAACACUUUCAAGUAUUUCAAGGUGAAAUGCAAGAGAGCAUGGCUCAAAUUUUCAAGACUAUGUCUAGCAUGUCAGGUGACCUUGAAAAUACAAAAGAACUAGUCAAGCAUUUGAACGAAACCCAAAAUAAAUUUGCUCAGGAGAAAGAUAGUGGGCCAACAGAGCUGGACAUUCUGGAGCUGAAGAGUCAUAUGGUGCAGAUGAGAGAGGAAAUGGCCCUCACUUGUGAGAAGCCUAUGAAAGCUUUACAAGAAAAGCAGAAGUCCUUGGAAGUUAAGUUGGAGCACCAACAGUCAAGAAGUGUAAUUUAUUAUCAGUCUUUAAAUAAGAGCCUCUCGGAAAUGAGAGAUGCUCAUGAACAACUGUUAUCAGCUGAACAGUCUUCAAGACAAAACCUCCCCCCAGCAGAUCAAGUCACGGAGUACAACGUUACAGAGUACAUGAUCACACUGCAUGAGAAAGUGAAGAGACAAGGCAUGAUGGUGCUGGAGAUCUAUGAUGACUUGAGAGUGCAAGAUAGCAAGAUCAGCAACCUCAGUGUUGCACUGGAAAUUCAGUGGGACUCUGUUCUGGGGGUCUGUGAUGACAUGUUGUCAGAGAGCAGGACAGAUUUCCAAGCACAGCUGGCAGCAGUCCAAGAAAGUGUGAGUGUUCUAAACAAAAGUCUCUCUGAUGUGUUCCUUCCACUGGGCAAUAAGAUGGACAGAAUGAAUGAGCAAAUUAAUGACUUGUGCUAUGAUAUGGAGAUCCUGCAACCCUUGAUUGAACAAGGGGUACCUUUUAGUCUAACUUCAGACUAUGAGCAACAAAUCCAAGCUAAAGAAUUGAAAGAGAAACUUGAAAAUCUCACUCUUGUUGUUAAUGGAAUGAAUUCUGCAAUGAAGGAACUUUCCAAAACUCAGGAAGGACUUAAAAAUGAAUCUCAGGCUUAUCAGGAACUGUUUGAGAGUCAUGUUAAUGAAUGCUUCAUGGAAAUGGAAGAUGGAUUAAACAAGACCAUGAUAGUAGUAAACACUGCUAUCGAUUCUAUUCAAGAUAACUAUGUACUGAAAGAUGUGCUACAUGCUCUAAGAAACAAGACUGAAGUUUGCUGUGGCAGAGCUGAGGAACUGGACAGCCUCCUGGCCUUUAUUCCCCAGUUCCAACACCUGAAUGAAUCCCUCCAGUCACUGCUUUAUAACAAGAGAUACAAAAUUACUCCACAGGUAGCACCAACUCUUUCUGAUCUUCCCUACGAGGAGUCUGACAAAACUAUCCUCUACAGUUUAAGUAGAGUUUUCCAAAUUUUAAAUGAUACAUCAUCAAAAGUGGAAAAGCGGCAACAAGAUAUCAGCCGCCUGGAAGAAAAACUAUUUGACUCUGUGGAGGGUUCAAAGGACCAUGAGGUUCGCCUUCUGAAGGUAGAGUCAAAAAUUUCCAAGUUUUUGGCAGACAACUGUGUCUCACUCAAAAAACCCAAAGCUGCCUCAACAGAGAAAGAACAGGUGGUCUCACUUCAGCUCCAGGCACUGAGUUCCAGGAUCAAGGCCCUGGAAGCCAAGUCCAUCCGUUUCUCGAAUGUCAUUCCACUUGUGAACAAGACUG